AUGGACACGGCGUUCUUGCAGCAGUUGGGGGAGCAGCUAAAGCACACCGUGCAGGAGCAGGUUGCAAAGUCCGGCAUACAGGUAACACUGUCGACCGCCGAACUCCCUGCCUUAUCUAUCUCCAAUCCGUCGCCGUGCAUAUUGCCGGGGCCACAGCUUCUUCACGAACUUGCUCUCAGCGGUGCCAAUGACUCCCACCCCGCCAUUGAAUUCUUGGCAGCGGAUGGAAACAUUCGCUGUCUGUCGUACAGAUCUCUGGAUCGGCUAUCCUCGAAGCUAGCGGCACAAAUCAUCUCGGCUUCGGCACCUCGGGUGAACCAUGCACGGAAGUUCGUGGUGCCCGUGCUCUUGCCCCAGUCCAUGGAACUGUACAUUUCACAGCUGGCAAUUCUCAAGGCCGGUGGAGCUUUCUGUCCGUUGAACAUCGACGCACCUCCGGACAGGAUAGAAUUUAUCCUGCAGGAUGUAGCUGCGUCCGUUGUGAUUACACAGGAUGCCUUGGCUGCAAGAGUUCCCCAAGACGAGCAUCUGGCUGUGAUCAAAGUGGAUGGAAUUGAAAUGAACGAAACGAACGAUACAGGUGUUAUAGAGCCCGUGGUGGACUGCCCACCUUCCGGCCUGGCCUAUGUCAUGUACACCUCCGGGUCUACUGGCCGCCCCAAAGGUGUUGGGGUCUCUCAUUUGGCUGCCACCCAAUCAUUACUUGCACAUAAUGACUUAAUACCCCAUUUCAAUCGAUUUUUGCAAUUUGCUUCGCCCACGUUUGAUGUCUCCGUCUUUGAGAUCUUCUUCCCUUUCAUGAGAGGGGCAACCCUCAUCGGCUCCGACAGGGAGCAGAUGCUUCUGGAUAUUUCUCACGUUAUGACCGAAAUGAAAGUUGACGGUGCGGAGCUGACUCCCACCGUGGCAGGAGAGCUACUACGCACCCGAGCAGCCGCGCCCUUUUUGCGAGUUCUGCUGACCAUUGGUGAAAUGCUCACCAAGCAUGUCGUGGAGGAGUUUGGUCAGUCAGAGGACUCGGUUGGUAUUCUGCAUGGAAUGUAUGGACCAACGGAGGCUGCAAUCCAUUGCACUGCAGCCACACAUUUCUCGGCCACCUCCCGAGUCAACUUGAUCGGCGAGCCUUUCAAAACAGUUUCGGCUUUCGUCAUGUCUAUGGAAUCUGACGACAAAUCUACGCCGGAUCUUCAACCCCUUCCGUUGGGUCAGAUCGGUGAGCUCGUCGUGGGUGGCCCUCAGCUAGCGGAUGGAUACAUCAACCGGCCCGAAGAGAACGCCAAGGCAUUCAUUGAUAGCCCUGAAUACGGCCGACUUUACCGGACCGGUGAUAAAGCUCGCAUGCUACCCUCGGGGGAAAUUGAAUGCUUUGGUCACUUGCCUAUCAAAGAUACGUUUGCAAUGAUUGUGACGGACCAAAAUGCCACCAGCCUCCUUCCUCGUGGUUCAUACGGAGAGCUGUGCUUUGGUGGUAAUCACAUUGCAAACGUUCUUCCUGAUACGAAAAUCCCUGAUACGGCAAAAUUUGUCGAGCACCCCAAGUUUGGCCGACUGUAUAUGACUGGGGACUACGGAAGGUUGCUUGCAGAUGGCUCCAUAGUGCUUCUUCCCAGUCGUGAUCAGCUCAAGCUGCAUGGCCAGUGCAUUGAUCUGAACGAGGUAGACCGAGCCAUUCUCUCGUCAGACUUCGUUGAAAAUGCUUGCAGCAUUAUUUGGAGCAAUCCUUCGACAAGCCAACAGCAAUUGGCAACGCUUUGGAUCCCUUCAGUGAAGACAUCGGACUCUUUGCAGCUUGAGUCAUUGACAAACCGCCUCUUCUCUGAGAUUUCAACAAAGCUUCCUCCUUCCGAGAUCCCUUCCCUUCUUGUCUCCGUCAAUGAGAUUCCCAUGACCGAGGCUCACCGGAGAGAUGAUGCCAAUAUCCUGCAAAAGCUCGGGCAGUUGAGUCCCGAAGAUCUUGGGGCCUUCUCACGCAAACUUGAUAUGGCUCAAGUCGAUGAUCCACUCACCGAUAUCGAGAGUAUCAUUGCAGGUGCCUUGUCAGCAGUCACUGGAGCUGGCCAUCAGCAUAUCCACAAACACACAUCAUUUUACAAGCUCGGUCUGGAUUCCCUGAGUGCCAUCUCUUUUUCGCGGAGGUUACAAGAAGCUGGCUGUGGAAGAAUUCCUGUCUCGACAAUUCUACGAUACAGCUCUGUCGCUCAGCUGACCGCAGUUGUCCCCGGCUUGACCAAUGGACAUAAGUCUGCACAGCCUCCGGUGGAGGAAACAACGCCGAUAUUUAACAACAGCUUUAUCCAUGCAGUUAAACUUGAAUUCGAUACCACAGAUGUGUCUGUUGACCGCGUCUACCCUUGUACGCCGUUACAAGAAGCAAUGCUGGCCACUGAUUCUGAUGUUGGCUCGGCCUACUUCAAUCACUUGCUACUCCGUGUGAACACAGAUAUUGAUGUGUUGAAGAAGGCGUGGUCUCAGAUGCUGCAAAGGCAUGACAUCCUUCGAACUUGCUUCAAAUCGACCAACGACAAGCAAUUCGCCUUUGCACAAGUGGUGCUGAACGACGCAGGUCUACCUUGGGUCCAAAUCGAGAUACCUGAUGAUCUUGAUCAGCACGUCGAGAAGAGAAAAUCGGAGUUUGAGUCGCAAUCCCCCAUCAAUGGCAACCUUCCUUACUCCCUGACUGUAUUCAUGGGUUCCGCUUCGCAGAGUGCACACCUUCUGUUGUCUAUUCACCAUGCACUGUACGAUGGAGAAGGCAUUUCACAGUUGCUACAUGAACUUCAACUUUUCCUUGCGGGUCAAGAUCUGCCAGCACCGACCCAGUUCCAUCGAUUCAUCGAUUACAUGGUCUCUGCUAGCUCAGAUGCUUCCGAUCAAUAUUGGGACCGAUACUUGUCUGGGGUCUCGCCAAGUCUCAUAUCAACCCCCGAGCAUGCCAAAAGCCCUGUAGAUCAAUCUGCUUCCCACCAGACCAAUAUAGACCUCAAAUCCCCCCUCAGCUCCUUCAAGCAACGAUGCAAAGAGCUUUCUGUGACACCUUUGAAUGUCUUCCACGCUGCAUGGGCGAGAUUGCUUUCGUUGCAUGUCGACUCAUCUGAUGUCUGCUUCGGUAAUGUUUUCAGUUGUCGAACCGUUCCUAUCGAGGGCGCAAACCAAAUUGUGGGACCUUGCUUCAACACGCUACCAAUACGGAUCAAGUUCUCAUCCCACUCGACAAAUGCAGACAUUCUGAAGCUAUCGCAAAAGCACAACAGCGAUAUCUUGCCUCACCAACUUAGUCCCCUACGUCGCAUCCAAAGGCGUGUACUUCAAGGAGGCUCUCGUCUCUUUGAUACCUUGGUCAUUCUUCAGACCAGCAAUACUGAGCUUGAUCCACGUUACUGGGAGCUUCUUCGCGACGAAGGAAAUAUGGGCUUGCCUCUAAUUUGUGAGGUCGUCCCUGAUGAGUCAAGCAACACUAUUCACAUCCGUCUUCAUUUCCAAGUCUCGCACUUGGGGCGUGAGGUGGCUGAAAAGCUUGCACGGGAUUUUAUGGCCCUUAUUGAACAUACUACUCAGUAUCCUUCGGCCCAAGCAUCUGACAAGCAGCUGAUUGGAAAGAUUACACUUCAGAACUUUGAAACGAAGAAGAGUUCUCAAGUCAAUUCCAUCCAGAUGUCUUCUACAAAACCUGAACCCAUUCGCGCCUGGUCUUACCAAGAAGAGGCACUUAGGGAAAUGCUGUGCAAAUUCUCCGGUGUUGAUCCAGAGACUGUGACCUUGCAUACGACGAUCUUCCAGUUGGGUCUGGAUAGUAUCAAUGCUGUUCAAAUCUCAGGAACUCUUCGCAGACUGGGUUACAAGAUAUCCACUGGUGAUAUUCUCGAGGCUGCCUCAGUUGAAAAGAUUGCCUCGCUUCUUGAGACUAGCGAGAAGGGCAACAAGGAAGAUGAAUUUGACUUUUCAUCGUUCGAGAAUAAACAUCUCCAGCCUAUAUGUGACCAACUCGGUGUCUCUGCGCAGACGGUGCAAUCUUUGCGGCCCUGCACACCAGUCCAGAAUGGCAUGUUGGCACUCUUCACUCAUUCUCUGGGAAACAUGUACUUCAACAAAAUGGCUCUGAAGUCAAAAAUACCGCUGGACAAAGUGCUGCUCAAGAAGGCGUGGUCGAAGGUGGCUGCUCAUCAUGAGAUGCUAAGAACAGGUUUUGUUCAACUGCACGAUCAGCAAUACCCAUUUGCCAUGAUCACAUACCGCGAAACCCUUGAUGUCCCAUGGCGCGAAAUUUCAAACUCCAUCUCUAAUGGCUCUGUUCAAGAGAAGAGAGUCCUCGAAAAUCUCCACCGACCACCUUGGGAAGUCUCUGUCGAGCCUGGUGAGCAGGUCGAUACUGUGCAUUUCGCUGCACUUCAUGCCAUUUAUGACGCACAAUCUUUGGCAUCGAUCUUCUCCGAUGUCAUGGCAGCGUAUGAAGGAAAGAUCCUCAAUAAGCCUGCUCCAAUUUCCGCGACACUUGGACCCAUCCUCAUCGAAAGCCAGAAGCAAAUCGAGGAUGGCCAAGAAUUCUGGCAGGGAUUGGCAUCAGAAGUCCAUUCGUCCAAAUUCCCGGACUUGCACCCUAUUCGUAUCGAAAGGAAAGAGUUGCUUGAAAGUUCAAUUCGCUGUUCACAGCCUCUCAAGACACUUGAGGGCCGCUGUCGCGAACUCGGGGUCACCUUGCAGGCAGCUGCGCAAGCUUCAUGGGCUCGACUGCUUGCUGCGUACACAGGAGAACAAAAUGUUGUCUUCGGGACUGUUUUUUCUGGCCGCAACCUAUCCGCAGCUUCCCAAGAAGCCGUUUUCCCAUGCUUGGUGACCGUCACAUCGCCUUCGCGUAUUGAGGGAAGUAAUCGUGAACUGCUGGACCGAACCUUGAAGCAAAAUUCCUCUUUGAUUAAGAACCAGUUCACCCCACUGGCGCAGAUUCAAAGAUGGCUGGGCAGCGAUGAGCCACUCUUUGAUACUCUGUUUGUCUAUCAGAAGUUUUCAUCGAAGUCGGAGCACCCCGAAGCCUGGGAUGUCGUUGACGAGGAGACAAAGAUCGAUUACCCCGUGUCUAUCGAGUUAGUCCCUCAGUCUACCGAUCUUGAAAUUCGAAUCAGCUAUAGGGGCGACCUUGUCCCUGAAGAACAAGCCAUGACUCUCUUGGGUCAGUACGACAAGUUGCUUGAACAAACUGUCUUUUCACCGGACUCUUCCUCAAACGACUACUUGUGUCUUGGGAAUGAUCUGCUUUCUGUCACUCCAGCCAAGGAGCGAUCAAUUCCAACCUCCGUGUCUUUGCUGCACCAAUUUGUUGAAGAAAAUGCCCAGAAGAUUCCGGAGAAGGCCGCAUUCGAAUUUGCGACUGGUUCCACCGCAGACAGUCUUCAGAAGAAGACAUGGUCCUACCAUGAAUUCAACGAGGAUGGUAACAGAGUUGCUCACUUCUUGCAAGACAAGGGUAUCACUCCUGGUGGAAUGAUUGCCAUCUGCUUUGAUAAAUGUCCGGAAGCAUCCAUCGCAAUACUUGGUAUUCUGAAAGCAGGCUGCGCAUACCUCGCCAUUGAUCCUGGUGCUCCUAUAUCUCGCAAGCAGUUCAUCUUGGAAGAUUCCGGUACCAAGAUUCUGCUUUGCAACCAGGCAAGAAAGAUGGAGCUAGAGGGUCUUUCCGGCAUUGAUGUCCAAGCGCUUGACGAGCCUGGUUUAUUUGAAGGCCUCUCAUCUGCCCAGCCAGUGCUUCUACGAGAAAUUCGACCGGACGACACAUGCUACUGUUUGUACACGUCCGGCACUACGGGUACACCAAAGGGCUGUGAGAUCACCCAUGACAAUGCCGUACAAGCAAUGUUGGCGUUCCAGAGGCUAUUUUCUCCCCACUGGGAUAAAGACUCCCGAUGGCUGCAAUUUGCCUCGUUCCACUUCGAUGUUAGUGUUCUUGAGCAAUACUGGAGCUGGAGUGUUGGAAUCUGUGUGACCUCGUGUCCUCGAGACCUUCUCUUUGAAGAUCUGCCAGGCACGAUUCAAAAGCUCCAAAUCACACACAUUGAUCUGACACCCAGCUUGGCAAGAUUGGUUCACCCGGACGAAGUCCCUUCUUUAUGUCGAGGGGUUUUCAUUACUGGUGGUGAGGCGCUCAAACAAGAGAUUCUCGAUGCUUGGGGCAAACAUGGGGUCAUUUACAAUGGAUACGGACCGACAGAGGUCACCAUCGGAUGUACCAUGCUUCCACGAAUGCGCGCUAAUGACAAGCCAUCCAAUAUUGGGCCACAGUUUGACAACGUGGGAUCAUAUGUCUUCCGGCCUGGCACUUCCACACCAGUUGUGCGCGGUGGGCUCGGAGAGCUUUGCGUGUCUGGACCCCUGGUUGGAAAGGGAUACUUGAAUCGCGCAGAGCUCACGAAAGAACGAUUCCAAAUGUUACCUGAAUAUGGAGACCGCAUCUACAGAACCGGUGAUUUGGUCCGAAUCUUGCAUGAUGGUAGUUUCCAGUUCCUCGGUCGCAUAGAUGAUCAAGUCAAGCUCCGUGGGCAGCGGCUCGAGAUUGGAGAGAUCAACGAAGUCAUCAAACAAGCUACUCCUGAGUUGAAUGAAGUGGCUACGAUGGUCAUCAAACACCCAAGACAAUCCAAGGACCAGCUGGUUUCCUUCAUCACCAAGGUUGGUGUUGACAAAAAGUCUCGAAAUGUUCAAGUUUGCACCAACGAGAAUGACCGGGCCCUUCUGUCGACGAUCAAAGCAGCUUGCCACACUCACCUGCCGGGCUACAUGGUACCAACACAUAUCAUCCCGAUGACUCGCUUCCCUCUGUCGGCGAACAACAAGGCUGAAAUGAAGGUCUUGAAGGGUAUCUAUCAGGAGCUUUCUCUCGAUGAAUUGCAGAAAUUGACUUCGAUGACUGUCGAUCGUUGCAAGAAAAGUGAGCAUGAAGAGGAAAUCAUCUCUAUUUUAGCCAAGUUCAUUGGGUCUACUGAUGGAGCUAUCUCUUCGUGGUCGAGCAUUUACGAGCUGGGUCUUGACUCUAUCUCGGUAAUAUCAUUUUCUAGGAGUCUCAGAGAGGCGGGCUUCUCCCAAGCUCAGCCAUCGCUGAUCAUGAAGCAUCCCACCGUUGCACGCAUGGCAUCAGCACUGCAAACAUCCGCGGCUCCUUCUGUCUCUUUGAAAAACCUCCACAGAAAUGCCAAACAAAAUAUGGAAGCUUUUGCACACAGGCAUUCACACUCUGUCAUUGAGAAAAUCGGAGUGGUCGACAGUGAUGUGGAGCAAAUUGCACCAUGCACACCGCUCCAGGAAGGUAUUAUAUACCAUUUCCUGUCGAGCACGACACCCUUGUAUUGUUCAUCCUUUACCUUCGAGAUCGCCUCCCAAGUCGAUCUUGACAGAUUGAAAACUGCUUGGAGUCAGGCACAGGACCAAGUCCAGAUACUGCGAGCUCGCUUUGCACCAACACCAGAUGGUUAUGCUCAAGUCGUCUUAAAAAAGAGUGUUCUUCCUUGGUUCCAGACAAAGGUUACUGCCGAGCAAGAAAUCGGAAUCUCACACAGAAAGCAACUUGAAAAGUGGAUUUCUGGACUUGGAGAUCUCUCUACACAGCUAUGGGAGGUCGGAGUCGUCAGUUCUCCGGAAAAGUCGGUGAUGAGCCUCAACAUUUUCCACGCCCUUUACGAUGGCAACAGCUUGGCUCUCCUGCUUGAGCUGGUUGCGCACAUCUAUCUUGACAACCAAAUGGCCUUGGAGCACCCGCCUGAGUUUCUGGAUGUGCUGCAUUUGGGCCCUCUUUGCAAAGACCCCUCAGAGCAGGAAUUCUGGAAAGAACAACUCGCGAACUGUCAAAACCGGGCUCUGCCAAAGUCGGACCACGAGUCUAACAGCCCCGUGCUAGAGAGUAUUCAAAUCGAUAGUACAGAGCAUUUGGAUCGUCUGCGGAAGUCGCUCAACGUUACCGAGCAGGCGGUGCUUCAUACCUGCUGGCUAUUGACUCUUCACCACCACUACUCGUUUAUCCCAUCCAUUGGUAUCAUUGCCUCUGGUCGGACAAUCGACGUUCCUGGAAUUGCCAAUGUCGUCGGUCCUUUGUUCAACACCAUUCCCAGCAAUGUGCAACUUCGCGGUCUUAAGUCCUGGUCCGACAUUGCUCAUCGAUGCCAUGAGUACCACGUGUCUACGAUUCCGUAUCAAUACACAGCUCUCCGUGAUAUUUCCAAAUGGCUUGGAAAGAAUCCCGAUGAACGACUUUUUGAGUCUCUCUUCGUGUUCCAAAAAGAAAACACCAAGAGUGAGUCGUCAAGGGACAGUCUCUGGCAUCCCUUGGUCUCGGAAGCGCAACAUGAGUAUCCCUUGGCCUUUGAAAUUGUACGCAAUGGCAACGAAUCUCUUACUACUACGCUUGCUGCUAAGGGCCAUGUCUUGUCUCUAGAGUCAGCUCAGCAGAUCCUCGUCGCAUUCAAGCGAAUCUUGUCUGAGUUUGCAGAGAAUCCAGAACAAGAGUUACCGUAUAUGAAUGGAUUUGUGGAAGAGCAUCAGGUCCAAACAAACGGUCAAGUUGAGAUGCCGAAGGAGACUCCCAACCACCCCGGAAACGAUUCAUUCCAAUGGACCCCUCAAGCUUGCACAAUUCGCGAUGUUAUUGCAACACUUGCCGGUGUAGACGCGCACUCAAUUGGGGAAGAAACGUCCAUUUUCGAGGUUGGACUCGACAGUAUUGACGCAAUCAAACUUUCCUCACGAUUGAGCAAGCUGAGCAUCAAGCUCCCAGUUAGCGCCAUCAUGCGCUACCGCAAUGUCAAGUCCAUGGCUGGUCAAUUGACAGAGACAAACCACAACGAACAGAAUGGGACGUAUCCAAUGCUUCGCCAGAUGGAAAGGACCUUGAAAGACUUCCUCGAGCGCGAGGGACUUGUUCCACAGGGCGCCUCUCGAAUUCAGCCGGCCACGCCAAUCCAAGAAGCGAUGAUGGCCGAAAUGUCCGCCUCUAAGUACCACCAUUACUACAACCACGACGUUUUGAAGAUCGAACCCCAUGUCGAUUUCACAAAGCUCCAGGAAGCAUGGAAAGCGGUUGUGAAAGCUCAUCCUAUUCUUCGCACUUCCUUUGUGGAAAUUUGGGAUCCAGAGAUACCCGUUUCUUACGCUCAAGUUAUCCACAGCGAAGAUACUUUUGAUUUCCAGACAGUGCAGCUGAAGGGAGAAAGCGUGGAUUCAAUCAUAGAAACCCAACGCGCAAGAGCUGUCUCUGAACUUGCGGGCAAACCACUCCUUACUGUCACAUCCGCUGUGGAUGGCGAGGACCGCUACCUUGUUCUGUCAAUUGCUCAUGCUCUCUAUGACGGCUGGUCGAUCAAUCUGCUUCAUGAGGACGUUGCCAGAUCUUACGCCGGAGAGGAAUGUGCCCGUCCGCCGCCUGACGCCAUACUGGAGCAAAUUAUCGCAUCGUCUAGCGAGCGCGCUCUUAAGUUCUGGAGAGCAACGCUCUCCAAUUGCACGCCAGUGGCUUUCCCGUCCGGAAAAGGCAUUGAGGAAGGCUCGCAAGUAGUUCAUCGUGCAGAGCAGCCGCUCUCAGUUCCCUUCGAAGAGGCCGAAGCCUUCUGCAAGCGUAACGCCGUUACAAUGCAAGCUCUUAUGGUUAGCUGUUGGUCUCUUGUUCUGGCCACCUACGUCAAGAAGCUAGACGUGGUUUUUGGUCUUGUACUCUCCGGCCGCAAUGUGGCUGAUUCUGAAAAUGUGAUGUUCCCAACGAUGAAUACGGCAGCGAUGCGUGUCAUCCUUCAUGGGACCCGUCGGGAGCUAGUGAAGUACGUCCAGGAGACCUUGUUAGAAAUGUCUGAGCAUCAGCAUUUCCCGCUGCGGCGCGCAAGGCCCGAUACAAGAUCUCAACAAUUGUUUGACACCCUCUUCAUCUACCAGAAGAGGCCAUCGGAGACUAGCCCAACAUCGACCCUAUACAAGUCCACUGGCGGUGCAUCAGAUGUCGAGUACCCAGUCUGCGCCGAGGUUGAAGGUGUCGGAGCAGACCUUGUGGCUCGGGUGGCUUGUAGCGGGCAUGUUCUUGGGGAAAAUGAUACACUUGUUCUUCUGGGACAAAUCGGUCAAGUCCUAUCAUCGAUUGUCGAUGAACCCGCCCAGCAAACGGUCGGCUUUGAAGGAGACACGAUGAGCGUAUGCGGAACGUCGUUCACUCAAGAUGUCUCCACGCAGGUUAUCCAAAACGGCACAAUUCACAAGGCAGCAAGUCGAAAAGAUUGGACUUCUCUCGAGUCGAAGAUCCGAAAUGUUCUCUCAAUCGUAUCCGGAGUGCCCGAGGAUUCAAUCGGCAGGGAAGCAAACAUAUUCCAGCUCGGCUUGGAUAGUAUCAGUGCUAUCAAGGUUGCUGCACUUUUGAAGAAACAAUCAGUCAAAUUGGCCGUUAGUGACAUGCUCAGGGCCGGUACGCUCGAGAAUAUGGCCAUUGCGGUGAACAAUCACCAUGCAGAGCUCACUCCGACUGAGAUUGCCAGCUCCCUGGAGAAAUCACUUGAAGGGAUCGAACUGAAUCCACUCCUCCAAUCUUACGGAAUUGAACUUGAUCAAGUUGAGAUUGCUAUGCCUGCAACUGCUGGACAGACGUACUUCCUUGCUAUGCAUACCUUGAACCCAAGUGUCUUCUAUCCAGAGUUCCACUACUUGGCAUCGACACAAGUCAACACGGAUAUUCUCGACAGUGCAUGGGCACGUCUCUCCGAGCUAACACCGAUGCUUCGAACGGUCUUCGUGACUACCAACAAAGAACAGCAUCUGCCCUAUGUCCAAGCUGUGCUAAAGCAUGUACACAAUCCCGUUGUCUGGCACCACAAUGUCGAUGAGCUUUUCGCACCCAAUACCAGGCAACCCUUAGGCGCACCGCCAGCUACACUGCAUGCUUGUCAUACCUCUAAGGGAACCGUGCUUGCGUUGCAGAUCCAUCACGCACUGUACGAUGCCGUUAGUCUUCCGUCCAUGAUGGAUAGACUUGCCUACCUCUGCCGCUUGGAUACCUCCGAAUCAGAAUUCGACGUCCAUAACCUGUCGCGACUCGUGGCGUUCCAGCGCCUUCAUUCGCCGAUGGAUGUCCGGCGGCAAUUCUGGCAAAAAUAUCUGGGCGCAAUCUCAAUCGACGGUGCAAAAGCCAAACGACAGGGUAACUUUGGUGUCAUCCAACAGAACUACCGACCGGGAUUAGUCUCAAACAUGUCUCGUGUCGAGAUAGCCGCUCAGAAGCAGGGCCUCGGUGUCCAAUCGAUCUUCCUGGCUGUCUAUGCUCGAGUGCAUGCUGAAGUCCUCGCUGCGGCGGAUGCAGACAGUAAGGAGAUCCCGAGGCAGCUCGUGAUCGGGUUGUAUCUCGCCAAUCGGUCUCACGAUACGGAAGGGCUGUCAGAACUCAUGGCUCCCACGGUCAAUAUCGUGCCGCUUCGUCUGGACAACAAGCUUAGCCACGACCACGAGUCACUCUUCGUUGCUGCUCGGAAGAUUCAAGAUGACAUUAAUGAGAUCAGCAUGGUUGAGCAUUCGGGCGUCUCUCUCGUAGAGAUUGCUGAAUGGACCGGGGUGCGAAUCAGCACCUGUGUCAACUUCCUGCGACUGCCCGAAUUGGAGUCUGCCGAUGCCGCCGCCAGUGCCACUGAUCGUGUGGUGUUCAAAUCUCUUGGACACGACGAGCUGGCAAGCCUCCGCUUAUCUAGUCUGGGCCAGUCUGACCAGUCGCAAAUCAACGGUGGCAGUGCAGCCUCAUUGAGUUCAGCCCCGACCGUACAUGCCGCCACUUCAACGGCGGCAAUUCAAGACAUUUUCAUGCCUACAAUCGACGUGGAGGCAGCCAUCCGAGACGCCCGAUUGGACUUUGGAAUUUUUGCUCCCGAAGCUCGACUCGAUCAUUCCACUGCAGAGCAGAUGAUCGAGAAAGUGCAGCAGGAGAUGACCGUUUUGGUCCAAACUUCGAAUUUGAUAUAG